CUAGAAUAGACAUAGCCGGCUUUUUCGACAUUCCUAGUUCUACUCUUUUUGUUGCCCUUGUCGAUCUCCCUUCUCUUCUUCUUCCUUUCUUGCCGCAACAAUGCUGGCUAUAUUCUUCUGCUUGUUUAUAGCUUUGGCUAGCGCUUACCCAGCGCGAGGCCCUUGUACGGGAGACUGCUGGACUCAUGAUCCUGCUAUGAUCCAGCGUGAGUCGGAUGGCACGUACUUCCGUUUCUCGACGGGCACUGGUGUCAACACCAUGACAUCUCCUUCAUUGAAGGGACCCUGGACGGACGUGGGUGCGGCUCUGCCGAAUGGUUCCAAGAUUACUCUCGAUGGCGUGGACAGCAGCAACAUCUGGGCCCCCGACGUGCACUACCAAGACGGCACAUACUAUAUGUACUACGUGCUCUCCAAACUAGGCACACAAACCUCUCAAAUCGGCGUCGCAACCUCCAAAACAAUGGAACCCGGCUCCUGGACCGACCACGGCAUCAUCGGCGUCCCCGCCAACAGCGCCUAUAACCGCAUCGACCCUAACUGGAUCACCAUCGGCGGCAAGCAGUACCUCCAAUUCGGCUCCUACUGGCAAGACAUUUACCAAGUCGGCUCCAACAUGCCGCACCAGAUUGCGUAUAACGCGAGUUUGAAUCACCGUGUCGAGGGCUCGUUUUUGUAUCAGCAUGGGAGCUUUUAUUACCUGUUUUUCAGCGGUGGUGUUGCGGGCUCGUAUACGGCGACUUACCCCGCUCAGGGCGAGGAGUAUCGUGUGCAUGUUUGUCGCUCGUCGAGUGGAACCGGGGGCUUUGUUGACCAGGCUGGAACUUCUUGCCUGGAAUCUGGUGGUACUAUUAUCCUUGCUAGCCACGAUCAGGUUUAUGCACCCGGUGGACAGGGUGUUCUUACCGACAAAGAUCUCGGCCCUGUGCUGUACUACCACUACUACUCGCUCACGGCCAAAAAAGCCGGCGGCACUGGUGUCAAGGGGUACCUGUAUGGCUGGAAUGAGCUGGACUUUUCGACCGGCUGGCCUGUCGUAAAGGCCGUUUAAUGCUCUGCUGCGGGGAUUUCUUUCCAUCAACUUUCUUCAACUUCUAUACAUAUAGCAUGGAGGGAUCCGGACGUUUGCGAGACUUGUCUGGGUGUCUCGAUCUUCUUUCUUUCUUUCUUUCUUUCUUAUCUGUCCAUGGUUCGGGGGUUGUAUACUUGAUACUUGCCCUGUUUUGUGCACUCGUUUGUUCGAUACCCCAUGCAUGGCGGCUGCUUGGGCAGCGCGCGCUUGACUGACAGGUGGUUUAUGUCGUACUAAUUUUUAUAUUACUCAUGUGGGUUUGGCCCAUUGAGUUUGCCCUUAGCGGGCUGAUGCACAGUCA